CCACAAUAAGCAAACGAAAAGAAGAAAAAAGAACACAAGCCUCAUCUAUCCACUUCAGAAAAUGUCUGGCUGGUUCUCGACCGAGGUUAAGCCCGAGGAGGCGCCGUCCAUCCAGGACCGCGCCAUCGCGGCGAAGGACCAGGCCGGCACCUUCAUCGGCGAGCAAACUACGGCGGUCACCAAAGCCGCCACGGAUACCGCCGACGCCGCCAAGCAGAAGGCCACCGAGACCGCGCAGUACGUCCAGGACAGGGCCGCCGACGCUGUGGAGUACACCAAGGGCCCCGCUGCCGCCAAGGAGGAGGCCGCCCCCGGCAACGUCUUCCAGCAGGCCGGCGGGCAGGUGAUGGGCGCCGCCGUGGGCGCCAAGGACGCCGUCAUGAACACGCUUGGCAUGGGAGGAGAUGCCGCCGCCGAGAAGAAGUGAUAAUGAUGUUCGUUUGCGUGGUCCUCUCUAGCUCUUGCCCUUUUUUUAUCUCGUUAUUAUCCUUUACUAAUGUACUGUUCUGAUUUCCGUUCCA